AUGAACUCUUUCCUCACAAAGAGAGGAAAGCUGUUUUUUCUGAGCAAUGUUAUUCACACACAAUUAAAACCAACACCUCUUCAAGCUUCUCUGUUCAGUCCGUUGUUUAAUUUGAAGCCAAAUGCGAAGACAGUGGUUAAAUCGACCAGGUUCUUCUCUCAAACUUCCAAAAUCAAUUUCAGUUGGAAGGAUCUCUUCAACGGUGCAGGGAAUAGCCGUUAUGCAAGGCUGAACCGUUUUCAACAAUUUCAAAAUGGUGGGAACAGAUCCACUGGCAGUUCGUUCGGUAGUAAUAAUCUGCGAAAUGUUACCAUUGCAGGUGUUUUGUUCAUGGGUGCGACCUUUAUUGGAGCACCUUACCUAUUUCAGCACAUUCCCCCGUUCACGUAUUUCAGGUCACAUCCCACGCACUUGGUAUACGGCUUGCUAGGUGUGAACUGCGGUAUAUUUGCUCUUUGGCACGUCCCUAGAUACUGGCGCUUUUUGCAAAGGUACAUGCUUCUUGAAAAGGACCACAUUUAUAGUAAGUGGUCGCUUGUAGGCAGUGCGUUUUCUCAUCAGGAAGUCUGGCAUUUAGGGAUGAAUAUGCUGGCACUUUGGUCUUUUGGUACCAGCUUGGCUACAAUGCUUGGACCGGCUAACUUCACAUCGCUUUAUCUCAAUAGUGCCAUAUUUGGAUCCCUAUUUUCGCUGUGGUACCCUCACAUCGCGCGAAUCUCAAUGAUGGCGCCAAGUCUUGGCGCUAGUGGUGCUCUUUUCGGUGUUUUCGGAUGCUUUUCAUACUUGAUUCCACAAGCAAAGAUAAUGUUGUUUGUGUUUCCUAUACCGGGAGGCGCUUGGAUAGCGUUUUUAGGCUCAAUGGUUUGGAACGCUGCCGGGUGUGCUCUGAGAUGGGGGUCAUUCGACUACGCUGCACAUUUGGGUGGAUCCUUGGCCGGCAUAAUAUAUGCAUACUUGAUCACGGAACGGGUUAAGAAAGAGAAGCAGCGCAGGAUGAGGAGGCUAUCGGGAUUUUAA